GGCGCGCGCGUGCCGCCGCCGGGUGUCGCGGUGGGGGCAGGCGCUCUCGACUCAAGUAACUCGAUCGUCGGUGCUCCAGUUUGUGCAGUUGUGCCUCGAAAAUUCGAAAAUACACGCAGACGGAGUUCCCCGCGCCGUUGACAUCGUCCUCCUCGUCGUCGUUUGGCUCGCGCGGUUCCAGCGGCUCCAGCUGCCCACCGCGACACUCGUCCUUGGCAAAGCACCGACCACGUAAAUCCCUGCACGCAAGAGGCACACGUCGCUCGUCAGCCGUCGACAACGUCGCGCGACUGCACCGGAAAAAUAAAGACCUAUCAGUCAUACGUAUAUACAAGUACGCAGAAAGAGGCUCUUCGUUCGCGGUACCGUCCUGCGGCAGGUCGCGCCCUAACCUUGUGGGACGACGCUUGUCCGCGGCCGAGUGUGUGUGAGAGAGAGAGAGACAGAGAGACAGGUUAAGUUUCGAGCAAGAAGAGGAAAACACAGAGCGAACGUCAGCGAGGACAGGAGGCAGGAAGAAGAGAGAGGAAUCGGCUGCUCCAAGGGGAGGCUUUAAUGUGUGACACGAGCAGUAAACACAACCAUGAAACUCACGCAGAAGUGCCUCGGCAACAUGGCCAAGAUGCUCGACUUUUACUCCCAAUUCAACCCCUCGCCCCUCUCGAUAAAGCAGUUUAUCGAUUUUGGACUUAGUGCGUGCGAGAGGAAGUCUUUCAUAUUUCUGAGGAAGGAACUUCCGGUCCGCUUGGCCAACAUCAUGAAGGAGAUUCACUUGCUGCCGGAGAAUCUGCUUCGAAUGCCGAGUGUUGGGAUCGUAAACAACCUGUACGUCACAUCUUUUGAAGAGAUUAUACAUUUUGAGAAAGCUGACGUGAAUGAUACUACCCUGGAUACAUUUUGUCAGGCACUAGUUAAGAUAAGAAACAGGCACACCGAUGUCGUGCAGACUAUGGCUCAGGGUGUUCUGGAAUUAAAAGAAUCUCACGACGUGGACGCGCAAACCGAGAACAGCAUUCAGUAUUUCCUCGACAGAUUCUACAUGUCGCGAAUUUCCAUAAGAAUGCUCAUCAAUCAGCACACCCUACUUUUCGGAGGAGUGUUGAACGGCCAUAAUCGUCACAUCGGCUGCAUAGAUCCGUAUUGCGAUGUUAUCAGCGUCGUGAAGGAUGCUUACGAGAACGCUCGGUUCUUGUGUGAUCAGUACUACAUGGCCAGUCCUGAUCUUGUUGUCCAGCAGCAUAAUGAGCUGGAACGUGGAAACGAAAUAAAAAUCGUAUAUGUGCCAAGUCACUUGUAUCACAUGCUCUUUGAACUGUUCAAAAACAGCAUGAGAGCAGUAAUGGAAUACCGCGGGCAAGAUGCUGACAAUUAUCCUCCCCUUGAAGUGACUGUGGUUCGUGGAAAAGAAGACAUAUGCGUCAAAAUGUCUGACCGAGGUGGCGGCAUUCCGCGCUCUCAGAUGGAUAAUUUGUUCAAAUACAUGUAUAGUACAGCUCCUCAGCCUAGCAAGUCUGAUGCCCAUACGGUUCCGCUUGCUGGAUACGGUUAUGGUCUUCCAUUAUCCCGAUUGUACGCCCGCUAUUUCAUGGGUGAUCUAGUUUUACUAAGCUGUGAAGGCUUUGGAACUGAUGCCAUAAUAUAUUUGAAGGCAUUGUCGAACGAAGCUAACGAGUUGUUACCUAUAUUCAAUAAAACUUCGACAAAAUUCUACAGAACCCCGCUUCCCACUGCUGACUGGAGCAAUCAAUGCGGCAACAGCAUGUCAACUAGACAGAUGACCAUGAGCCACAACCAAGGACAUAGGCUUCCUAGUGGCUUGCAGGCUGGUCAUUGCUAGCAAAACGCCAUUGAUAUAGUUGUUGAUCCAAAAUCAUUAGACUGACUGAAGCGUAUUUAUUAUACCGUAUUUACACUUUUUAUAUAUACUUUCCGAUAUUUUUAAUUUUCUUUAAUCACAAUGCCACGAAUGUAAUAUCAUGAUUCUUUUUCCUGAUUUUUUUGUCUAGUUCAACUUUUCUGGAAACGGCAUUUAAAUGGAAAAUAUAUAUUUUUUUCUUUUAUUUUUUUAACUUAAAAGACAUAUCACAAAUUAGUGUGAAUAUAUAUUUGAAAAAUGUUAAAAGUAUGUUAUUUUGUCGAAGAUAGACAAAUUUUAUAAGCAAUGCAAUAAUUUUAAGGCGUAUUACUGUUUUGUUAUUAAAAAUUAAAUUGUAAUUAAAAUUUACGAUGUCACCGACCAAACUAAUUACACCAUUAAAAAAAAAUCAUAAAACAAGUUUUAGUCGGUGGUACUAGAAAAUAGAUAUAAAUUGCUAACUGUGAUUAAAAGAUCGUAAUUUAUGUUGGGCGAAUUAUUGCUGUACUCGUUAUGGCGCAUCAGUAGUAAAUUUUUGCAGACUGCCUAGUCUAACUAUCUGCAUCACCGAAGAGAAUUGCAAAGCACGUUUUAAAACACACGAAAAAAAAAUUAUUUUUUACUUUGAAAAUAAAUAAAUUACACAUCAAAUGAAUGUAUAAAUAAAAUUGUAAUGUUCAAACAUGUCACUUGUAGAUGUAACUCUAACGUAGAGUAUUUGACCCUAUAGAACCUUCGAGCAAAAUAUCCCUGUAUAAUUCUUAGUUGAAUUACUGUUACGCGCACCAAUGAUGAAGUUAUAGCACAAGUUUUCGAUAGGUUUCACUUGUCAUUCAAUUCAUGGGUUCAAGUUUACUUUUAUUAAUGAAUUUAUUUGAAAGGAUCUACACUUUUGAUAAUAAUAUUUAAAGUGCAAGGGUUUUAGGAAUAAGAAAAAGUCACUCUGGAAGCGAGGGUUUGAGAUAAUUUUAGCAUCGUGAAAUGAAAUAUAUUUCUGAUAAUAGUACCAAGCAUAAUAUUUUGUAUUACUUGUAGCAAAGGCAAGUGAAGGAUCACGAAGAUUUGUGUCAGAUUUUAGACGUUGAGAGCUACCAAAUCAUUUUUUUACAUUUUUCUAUUCUAUACUCGUGAGUUAUUGCGUCAGUAAACUAACAUCACAAUCAAAUAGAUCUGUUCCUAAAAAACAACUGUGCUAUGAAUUCCGUAUGUAUAGUAAGUGCAUUAGCUUUAUUUAGCCUCAUCUCUCGUUUCAAAUAUAUUCAAACAGUGCUGCGCGCUAAAAUAUUUUAGGUACAUAGAUAUAAUUAUGUAUGCGUCGUAUAUAAGUAUGUAAACGUUUGUUUCUAAGAAAUUAUUUACAAUUAAAUGAUAUUUAGCAGGAAAUGCGUUUUUUAUUUAACAAAAAUAGUGUACCAGAAUCAAUUUGAAUUAAACACACAAUUUAUGAUGUAAUGUAUUAUUAAGUUGCUAUAAUUAAAGCUAUUAAAUAUCCGAAAAA